GCCAUUAAAGAUGGUUGUAGUACUACAAAUCCUCUUUAUAUGUUCCCUAUCAUCAUGGCAAUAUUCAAAUGGAGCUAAAAUAUUAGGAAUAUUUAGUUUGCCUGCAAGAAGUCAUUAUUCUUUAGCGGAAAAACUAAUGAAGGGAUUUGCCAGAGUUGGUCACGAUAUAACCAUGGUCGCACCAUAUCCAACAGAAAAUCUACCAAAAAACGUAACUUGGGAAGAUAUAAUAGUAGAAGGCGUAGUUGAAAAGCACAAAGCCAACAUGGUAGGAUUAAUGCUUAAAGACUCACAUAGAAGUGCAAUGGAGAAAUUAAUCAUAUAUCAACAUACAGUGCUGAAUCAUGUUAAUCAGACAUUAUUUAGUUUCAAGGUCAAAGCCCUCUUGAGCCCCACAAAUAAAUUUGAUAUCGUAAUUAUUGCAAUGCUGUAUAAUGAAGCUCACAAGUAUUAUGCGCAUUAUUUCGAAUGUCCGCUUAUUGUUUUAGGAAGCAUGGGUGCAACACCUUUUCUGAACAAUAUAGUCUCAAACCCAUCUCCACCAUCUUACGUUCAAUAUUAUUUAGGUGCUGAAGAUUUUAGUUUUGAUAAUUUUUGGCAUAGAUUUUCAAAUUUUUUCGAUUACAUUUUUGAUUUUCUUGUGGAUUAUUUUUACAUUAGGCCAGUGCAAAAUAAGUUGCUUCAACGAGCAUUUCCUGGAGCUCCUCCAGUUGAUGAAAUUCCUACUUCGCUGGUGUUUAUUAAUUCACACGAAAGCUUUAUGGAACCAGUACCGUUAGUACCCAAUAUGAUACCGAUUGGAGGCUACCAUGUUGAGCAACCUAAACAAUUACCAAAAGACUUGAAACAGUUCUUAGACGGUGCCACAAAUGGGGCAAUAUAUUUCAGUAUGGGUAGUAAUUUGAAUGUUAACCAGAUGGAGAAAAAACAGAUUUUCUUUAAUGUAUUUGGGAAGUUAAAAGAAAUAAGGGUCUUAUGCAAAUAUGCAGAUGAAAAUUUCUCAAACAUGUCUAGAAAUGUUUUAGUAAAAAGUUGGAUGCCACAAAAUGAUAUUUUGGCUCAUCCUAACAUAAAACUAUUUAUAACCCACGGAGGACAGUUGAGUACCAUAGAAUCCGUUUACCAUGCAGUACCAAUCCUUGCCAUUCCAGUAUUUGGUGAUCAAUUCAGAAACGCAAAAAGAGCUGCUAAAUUAGGUUUUGGUCUUGAAAUUGGCUACAAUAACGAAAGAUUUAAUGAAGAAACUUUGUUGAAUUAUAUAGAAGAAUUGCUGGCAAACCCAAAAUAUAAGGAAAAUGCAAAAGAGAGAUCAGCAAUUUUUCACGAUAGGCCGUUGAAGCCAAUGGAAAAUGCUGUGUUUUGGCUAGAACAUGUUUUGAGGCACAAGGGUGCCGAUCAUUUGAAAGUUAGCGGAAUUGAUUUGCCUCUUUAUAAGUAUUUGAUGUUAGAUGUUGUUGGAAGCUUGAUUUUGUUGAUUUUGGUAUUUUUAUACAGCGUUAGACUUGUUUUUGAAAUGGUUAUGAGGUUAUUUACGUGUAGUAGAAAAAAAGAAAAAGAAAAUUAAGAGGAAAACUUUGCUCUGUCUGGAGACUCAUGUAAAACAUAUACCUAAUCUCAAUAGAAAUGUAAAUCAAAAUUUGAAUUUAUAGAGUAGCUCAGUUACCUAAUGCAAAACAUUAUUCUACAUUUUUUGUAAACUAAAUGGAAAAUUCUCGGGAAAAUUAGAAAAAAAAAGAGGCUUUCAUUUUACUUUAAGUAAAUAACUAUGUAAAGUACAAUAGGUAUUAGUGAUUCAUUUUUGUAACUUUUCAAACGACAAUAAAU